AUGGCACCACCAGCCUCAUCGCAUCAACCCCCCAAUCCACAGUUAGCCGAGAAUGUGCCCCAACAACAGCAAUUACAAAAACCAAAAACUAAAAGCUUUAGUCAAUCAGCAAUUUCGUCGUCACCUCGCGCCCUUGCUACUCCAGUGAGAUCUCUCACAAUCUCCAAGCCCAAAACGAAGAAAGAAAGUGAAGUAUCGAGUACAUUUAAAUCUACCAUCAUUCUAGUUGCCAAGUACACCUUUGCUGCUGAAUCUUCCAAUGAAUUGAGUGUUACCAAGGGAGAUAUAUUAAAAAUGCUAGACCAACCGCGCGACGGAUGGAUAUUGGUAAAAUACAUUGACAAAGUACAUGCGCCGGGUUUGAUUCCUGCUAGUUAUGUUGACAUUGCAGUAAAUGACCAAACAAACCCAAUCACUAUCAAUUGGUUGCACGGAAAUGAAAAUCCUGACAUUGUGAAGGAGCACAACUACCUCAAUUUGCAAUUCAACAAAACAGAAGCUAUUUUUGAAACAAUCAACAACAAAGCCUAUCCAGUAUCUGCUUCAAUCCUGAACUUUCUUUUGUACAAGGAUAGAUAUUGGUACCGGUUGGAUGUAGAAUUCAGUGACAGGUCAAGAGGCUACUUGUGUCGGUAUUAUCAAAAUUUCUACAAUUUGCAUAUAUCGUUGUUGGAGUUUGUUAGCCGGGCCAACAGCCAAAAUGCACAACUGGACGACUUUAAGUUGCCAAAAUUGCCAGAACCGUUACCAACUGCUACCGACAAAUCGGGUGAGAGAGACAGUGACUCGACUACAGAUUCGGAGAAAAGUUUUGAGCAGGAAGUAAUCCAGGUUAAUAUGUUGUUGCAAAGAUGCAAUGACUUGAACGUUUACAUUAACAAGUUAAUUUUGAAAAAAUACUUUCAAACUUCGAAAGAAUUGAUCGAAUGGUUGGAGUUGGGUUAUAACGAAUUGCCGGGCUUUAUUCUUAGGCCAUCUGAUGAGGAUUACGAGUCAAAAUUGACCAAUGAUGAAAUAAACACCAGAAUUCUUUCUGAAUCGAUAGAUGUUCUAAAGGAUCACGAAGAAAAGAAGUCGCAGUUGGAACAAGAGUUGCAAGCUUUGAAGAAAGCAGAAAUCGUGGAUAAAAUUGACGAUGCUGAUUUACCAGCAAGAACAAAGUCGAAAAACAUAUACAAUAAUUACCAACAAGCGUCUCAUAUGAUGUCGAUGUCUCAAGCUUCAAGACAUGAUUCAGUGAAAUUGGGAAGGGCAAUGUCAAAAUCAAACCACCAUAAUGAAAGCAGGGUUGAUGGGCAAAAGAACCUGCCACGGGUGCUGCAUAAACAAGCAAACGACUCCACUCAUGCUGACACAUCAAGCAACAGCAUUUCUACUAGUUUCUCUCCAGUUGAAGAAGAUAAUCAUGGUGGAGGCUCACCAGAUACAUCUCAUGGCUCAGUAAAGUUAUCUCGCAGUGGUUCGUCAAAGCCUAAAAGUCUUGCCAAAGAGCCCGAAACACCGUCACAACCACUAUUCACUGGAGCACCUGUUUCGUCACCACAAAAUAGCAAGUACAUGGCGAAUGAAUCAAUUGUGCCACCGAAUUUGCAAUCGCCACAAUUGCAGCAAAACUCGCCCAAAAUAGCCAGUCCCGUUAUGCAUUCUCCAAAUUAUCAGUAUAAUCCUAGGCUUGGAUCAUUACCAAAAGUCAAGACCCAGCCCCAGCCUCAACAUCAACACCAACACCAACCAGUUCACCCUAAUCACGAUAAGCCAUACCAUUUGCCACAACGCGUGUCAUCCAAGAUGUCACCAUUGGGUGUCAACUCUCAUGUUUUCCCUAUUAGUGGCUACACCACAGCGAGACAACCUGCUAGCAGUGCUGACACGUCACACUUUUCCAACCCAUCGAGUUUUUCUCACAGCUCCGGAUCUCCCUCACCUACUGCUGCUAAUGCAUUGUCCAAUGAUAACCAUCAAUUCAUUAGAUGUAAAAUAGUAAACUCAAAUGAUGAAAUACUCACUGUGAAAUUACUCAAGUCUCAAAUUAAGACCAUUGGCGAUUUCAAAAACUUAAUCAAGAGUAAAGUAUUCUACAACAAGUUAUUUAUCAAACUACCCAACUUGAACAACUUUGAAAACAUUGACGUUGUCAAGUUCAACAUUACCGAAUUUUUAAAAUUCAAUGAUAGAGUAUUAUUGAGAAUCGCCUAG